ACCCCUCUGCCUCUGCACCACCCCGCCCGCAUCCCUGCCCACAUCCCCGCAUCCCUGCCUCUAUCUGCCCGCAUCUCUGCCCAUCGCCUGUAUCCCUGCCCUGCUCCCUGCCUCUAUCCCUUCCCACUGCCUGUAUCCCUGCCUGUAUCCUUGCAGAGCCCCUGCUCGUGCCCCCGUCCGGCUGCCCAUGCCCCCCCCGCGCCCCCAGCCCCGCUGCCUGGCCGAUUUCUUCUCCUACGAGACCACCAAGUCGGUGGUGGUGAAGAGCUGGGUGGUGGGCGUCGUCAACCGGGUCGUGCAGCUCCUCAUCCUCUCCUACUUCAUCGGCUGGGUGUUCCUGCAUGAGAAGGCCUACCAGGUGCGGGACACUGUCAUCGAGUCCUCGGUGGUGACCAAAGUGAAGGGCAUCGGGAAGUAUGGCAACCGCGUCCUGGACACAGCUGACUACAUCACCCCCCCACAGGGUACCUCGGUGUUCGUGGUGGUCACCAAGCAGAUCCUGACGGAGAAUCAGGAGCAGGGAAUCUGCCCGGAGAGUGAAGCCACAUACCGGUGUGCAUCCAACCAUGACUGUCAGGGAAAGGGCCGCACUACAGGCAGUGGGGUGCUGACGGGACGCUGCGUCCCCUACAACGUGACCCUGCGUACCUGUGAGAUCCGGGGCUGGUGCCCACCCGAGGUGGACACCGUCGAUGUCCCCGUGAUGCUGGAGGCUGAAAACUUCACCCUCUUCAUCAAAAACAGCGUCCGCUUCCCACUGUUUGGCUUUGAGAAGGCCAACCUGCCCCCUCAGGUCAGUGCAGGAGAGCUGCAGCGCUGCCGCUUCCAUCCCGAGCAGCAGCCGCUGUGCCCCAUCCUGCGGCUGGGCGACGUGGCACGCUUCGCUGGGCAGGACUUCGCCUCGCUGGCUGCCACCGGCGGGGUGCUGGGCAUCAAGAUCGGCUGGGUGUGCGACCUGGACCGCGCCUGGGAGCUGUGCCUGCCCCGCUACUCCUUCACCCGCCUGGACAGUGUCACCCGGCACAGCCCUGGAUCCCCUGGCUACAACUUCAGGCACGCACGGUACUAUCGUGGGCACAACGGCACCGAGCUGCGCACCCUCACCAAGGCCUUCGGCAUCCGCUUUGACGUGUUGGUGUAUGGCAACGCUGGGAAAUUCGGCAUUGUGCCCACCCUCAUCAACACAGUAGCUGCCUUCACCUCCAUCGGCGUGGGCACGGUGCUGUGCGAUAUCAUCCUGCUCAACUUCCUGAAGGGCGCCGAGCACUACAAGGCCCGCAAGUUUGAGGAGGUGCCAGAGGCCAGUGUGCCCCCAGCCCCUGCCAGCCCCACAGGCUGUGUGCCAGGAGCCCUGGGGGACCAGAGCCGAGAGAAGCAGUCCACUGACUCGGGCACCUUCUCCCUGGGCCUCUAGCUCCGGGUGCCAUGGGGCAGCCCCUGUCUGCAUUUGGCCCCAUGAUCUCUCCUCUCCAGAGCCCCCCAGCCCUACUCCUUACCCACUGUCACUUGGACAGGGCAGGGAGGGUGUAUGGGGGGUGAGUGUAACAUGUUCCCGUGCUUCUAUAAGGCCACAGCAUGCAAAGCCCCCAGCCCCAAGGUGAGGAGCAGGGAUGGGACAGUGAGGGGACAGAGCCCCAAGCUGCUGAGGUUGGCAUGGGGGUGGGUGAGGACCAGGGGGUGGCUGAGGGGACACCAGGAAUGGGUGGCAGUGGGGAUGGGCACCAGGGGCCUAGGGGUGACAGAAGGGUCAAGGGCUGGGGGUGAGGAUCAGGAGUGAUGGUGGGGAUGCAGGGACGUGAGGGACAUAGGGUGGCACAAGGAGCUGGGAGCCAUGGAGGCAGCACAGGAGUGGCAGAGAGGAGCAGUACCUUCAGGUUCACCUCAGAACCAGCCGAGGGGAUGCAGAGAACCUUCACCCCAAUAAAGCCUUGCUGUGCAGCCCCA